GCCAAGGAGCUAGGUAUUGUCCGGUCAGUUACGUAAUGUGUGAGUAUAUAACCGGCAGCUUGGUCUCCGACUUCACUUGAGCUGCAAACUUUGCCAUCUGAAUAACUGCUUCCUCUCACAAUGAAGGUGGAUGUGGGCCCAGACCCUUCCCUGGUCUACCGACCUGACGCAGACCCCGAGUUGGCCAAAAACAAGGACAGCUUCCGAAACUACACCUCAGGGCCGCUGCUGGAUCGCGUCUUUACCACCUACAAGCUCAUGCACACCCACCAGACGGUGGAGUUUGUCAGCCAGAAGCGCAUUCAGUUCGGAAGCUUCUCCUACAAGAAGAUGACAGUCAUGGAGGCCGUGGACAUGCUAGAUGAUCUGGUGGAUGAAUCGGACCCGGAUGUAGACUUCCCCAACUCUUUUCAUGCCUUCCAGACUGCUGAGGGCAUCCGGAAAUCCCACCCAGACAAAGACUGGUUCCACCUGGUCGGACUUCUGCAUGAUCUGGGGAAGACCCUGGCUCUGUUGGGGGAACCUCAGUGGGCUGUUGUUGGAGACACUUUUCCUGUGGGCUGCCGUCCCCAGGCCUCUGUGGUGUUCUGUGACUCUACUUUUCAGGAUAAUCCUGACCUCCAGGAUCCUCGAUACAACACAGAACUCGGCAUGUACCAGCCCCACUGUGGCCUUGAGAAUGUCCUUAUGUCCUGGGGCCAUGAUGAGUACCUAUACCAAAUGAUGAAGUUCAACAAGUUCUCCCUGCCCUCAGAGGCCUUCUACAUGAUCCGGUUCCAUUCCUUCUAUCCCUGGCACACGGGUGGUGACUACCUGCAGCUGUGCAGCCAGCAAGACCUGGACAUGCUGCCUUGGGUGCAAGAGUUCAACAAGUUUGACCUCUACACCAAGUGCCCUGACCUGCCAGAUGUGGAGAGCCUUCGGCCCUACUAUCAGGGGCUGAUUGACAAGUACUGCCCAGGCAUCCUAAGCUGGUGAUAUCCUCCCA